AUGGUCCAACGCCGGAAUCCAUAUGCCCCUCGGGCAGCGGAUUUCCUUUCAAAUAUCUCAAAUUUCAACAUCAUCGAAAGCACACUGAGAGAGGGUGAACAAUUCGCCAACGCUUUUUUCGACACCAAGACUAAAAUCGCCAUUGCCAAGGCGCUCGAUGCGUUCGGUGUGGAGUACAUCGAGCUCACAUCCCCCGUAGCCUCGGAGCAGUCUCGUGCCGACUGCGAAGCCAUUUGCAAGCUCGGCUUGAAGGCGAAGAUCCUCACCCAUAUCCGAUGCCAUAUGGAUGACGCUCGUAUUGCCGUUGAGACAGGCGUCGACGGUGUCGACGUUGUCAUCGGCACGUCCUCAUUCCUGCGUGAAUUCUCACACGGGAAGGACAUGGCGUACAUCACCAAAACCGCCAUUGAAGUCAUCGAGUUCGUGAAGUCUAAGAACAUCGAAGUUCGCUUUUCAUCGGAGGACUCGUUCCGCUCCGACCUUGUUGAUCUCUUGUCAAUCUAUCAAACCGUUGAUAAGAUCGGCGUUAACAGAGUAGGCAUUGCUGACACUGUUGGCUGCGCAAACCCAAGGCAAGUAUAUGACCUAGUGAGGACCCUUCGCGGUGUUGUCGGGUGUGACAUUGAGGUGCAUCUGCACAACGAUACCGGCAUGGCCAUCGCCAAUGCGUACACCGCGCUUGAGGCUGGCGCCACACACAUUGACACUUCUGUUCUUGGUAUCGGUGAGCGCGUCGGCAUCACACCUCUUGGAGGUCUCGUUGCAUGUCUCUACGCUGCAAACCCCGAAUACGUCAAAUCCAAGUACAACCUGCCCAUGCUUCGUGAGAUUGAAAAUUUGGUCGCUGAGGCUGUCGAGGUGAAUGUACCAUUCAUGAACCCUAUCACUGGUUAUUGUGCUUUCACGCACAAGGCCGGUAUUCAUGCGAAGGCUAUCUUGAACAACCCGAGUACAUAUGAGAUCCUCAAGCCGGAGGAUUUCGGUCUGACCCGCUACGUCUCCAUCGGCCAUCGCCUUACUGGAUGGAACGCCGUCAAAUCACGCGUCGAACAACUGGGUCUCACCCUCACCGAUGAAGAGGUGAAGGAUGCUACUGCCAAGAUCAAGGAACUCGCGGACGUCCGUACCCAAUCAAUGGAUGACGUAGAUUCGCUUUUGCGCAUCUACCAUUCUGGUAUUCAGUCUGGCGAGCUUGCUACAGAAGGCCGGAGGCGAUUAACGGACCAAGCAGGAGACCCGUAA